AUGAAUCCUAAUUCUCCUGGAAUAAAAUUUGUUAAUGGAAAACGAGGAGAUCAGAAACAAUCAUUAUUAUUCCCUUCACCUACUGGAACAUUAGAUUUAUCACACUAUAAUUUUGUACCUACACAAGCAGAUAAUACUAAUAACACGAUUAUUACCACUACUGCUAACAACAAUAAAGAUACUAAGUCUAAACGACUAAAUGGUCGGUUAUCCAAUCAGGUAUCGGCAACAAAUAAUCGGUUGAAUGAUACACUCAUUGAUAAUAAUAAUAAUAAUGCAGAAUUUAUGGAUUCAGCACAAACAGCUGAAAAUGGUGAAAAAGAGAAAAAACGUAGACGUUUCGCAGACCACGGAAAAAUAGUAAAUUAG